AUGAAGAAGAGCUCAACGCUGACAACGACAACGUCGAUGCCGACGAGUCCGACGCUCUCGGCACAGACCCUGUCGGCCAGCAAAAUGAGCCUGAGCAGCAGCAGAUCGGGCCGAUCCUCCUGCCAAUCGCACGGUCCCAUCCGGCCGGGCAGCGGCUGCGUCGACGCCAUCAAGGCCAAGCGCGACGAGAUCGAAAUCGAUAGCAUACUCGAGAAGGCGAAAUUCUACACCUCCGUGUGCCUUGGUACGACUGCCAUACUGUCGGUGUUCACAUUUCUCUUCCUGAUACCCUUUGUCGUGGAUCCCGCCAUCUCAACAAUCAUAGCCGACUACGAUCCGGUGCCGGUGACCUGCGUUGUCAUCGAUCACAUCUAUGCGGAGGGCAUCAAGAACUGCACCUGGAGUUCGUGUCGCGAGGGCUGCACCUCAUCACUCACAAAGUGCCAUCAGCUGUUUGUCAACUAUACGCGCAUUCCGUACAGCGAAUGGGAGCGCAAUCCUCGGGACUUGGAGCGCGUCAAAUGGGAUGUCAGCUAUACAAAGUUUCUGAUCAACUCCGAGGGUUGCGGCUAUCCGCCGACGACCAACUGCAGCGUCUUUGCCAGACAAUAUGGCUUCUCUCACAUUGGCGAACCGUUUCCCUGCUAUUAUAGUCGCGCCUAUCCGCAGGUUGUCAUCGGUCGCUACUCGUGGGAGAAUAAUCUGUACCAUCUGGUGCUCUCGCUGAUAAUACCGAAUGUGCUCUUCGCCAUCUCGAUCGGGGUGCUCAGCUAUUGGUAUUGCCCCUGCUGUGAGAAGGCGUGCAAUAAAUCGUCACGGGUCUAUGCCGAAAAGUUUCCAACCAAGGAAGAGAUCGUUAACUGCAUGAAAUGUAAUAUGGAAAAGUCGUUAACUUUAAAAGUAUAUUGAAUAACUCUGAAAAGCGACAGUGCCUGAAUUUUCGUGCUCCACCCCCUCCCCUUCAUUAUAAGCUAGGUCGAUGGACUACAACUUUGUUAGUUUAAUUAAAACUAAGUUCAAACAAUCGCUUUGUUGGAGAUCACGCUCAGUACACAAAAACCUGGCUUUGAAAAAAAGUUACUCUGAAGUGUCCUUAGCAAAUAAUUUUCUUCACGCAUUAGCCCGAGCUCAGCUUCAAGCUGCCAACUCGCAAUUUAUUUUAUAGAAAGCACUUCAAGAGCGCUAAAUCGAAACUCAUUCGAACUCUCAACAAGACUUUUUCCACAACUAAAGAGCACAAACUGAUAUAUACUGCAUAAUAUAGAUAUAGUCUAUAAUAUAUAGUCUACAGAUACUUUUAAGUAUCCCUCCAAAAAUUCUGCACUAGUCCAGACUUUGAAUAUUAUUCACUAUACAACGCUCAGUUCAAAUGCGACCAAACAAAUAAAUAUCUAAUUAUAUAAAAUAUAUUUUUUAACUAAAAUAAUAGUAGCAA